CAAGCAACUGCAGAUGCUUGCGCAACCCAGUAGGCUUGUCUGUUUGUAAGUAAGAUGAUGCGGAGACAACGAGAACGACAAGUAUGUGUAUGAGAAAUAAAAUAUUAACCCUGAAGUAUAUACUACAUGUUGAUCAGGACCUCCUAGUAUCCACGGUAGAAAUUAAAUUUUUCCCAAUCCUCAUUACAUUUCUUGCCUUCACGAGACAGAACAAAAACCACUCAUGACCCAUUUCGCCCACGUCGGCGCACACUGCGCUUUCCCGGGUUGCAACCAGCAGGAUUUUCUGCCCUUCACCUGUAUGCAUUGCAAAAGUAUCGUACUAGUAUGAACCAGCCAUGCUCCGGCUGCCGCCGGAGCGCAGGGCUGUUGGGCCGGGGCAAGACUGUUUGCCGAUCGGACCACAACGCCACGGGCCUAAUAUGCACAACGAAACAUACUGGAGUCCCGCUCCUUCCGCCUGUUUGCGCCGCGCCAACCCGCAGGACCACUUGCGCGCUUCCCGCGCCUGUGGGCGCUCUGCGCAGGGAGCAGCUGCAAAGAACACCGGGGGCGAACAGAAGCCGCCAGGCGCGAGAGGGUAGCGCGAGAGGGUGGCGCGGGAGGGUGGUGCGGGAGGGUGGCGCGAGAGGGUUGCGCGAGAGGGUGCGCGAGAGGGUGGCGCGAGAGGGUGGCGCGGAAAGGCGCCGAACAAAACAAGUCCACGACUGGCCUGCAGUGCCAAAUAUGGGGACUACCAUGCGGAUUCGCGCCCGCCACUUUGUGUUUUUACCCUCUCGCAGACCUCUCGCAGACCCUCUUUUUGACCUCUUUUGGGGGUCCCCGCUAAUAAUCCGGCUAUACUCGCGGGUAGAGGUCGACAGAGGUGGCCGAGAGGUGGCCAAGAGGGUCCGCGAGAGGUCGCCCCUUAUUCGCGCCACCUCUCUCCACCUCUGUCGACCUCUCGUGCCCCCUCUUUUUGACCUCUCUGCACCCUCUGAGGCACUUAGGCGCCGCCUUAAGGUGGGGCCUUCGGCGGGCUAUACUCGCGCACCCUCUCGCCGACCCUCUCGAAAGGGGUCCCGCGCCACCUCUCCACCUCUGUCGACCUCUUUUUUACCUCUUUUGACCUCUUUUUGACCUCUCGGCCACCUCUCGUUUACCCUCUGUCUACCUCUUUUUUCGCAUGAAUAUAGUAUAUAGUAAUUGCAUUACAAAUUUGCUCAGCAUUACAAAUUAAAUUUGUAAUGCGGAUUUGCCUUAGGAACCAGAUUUGUAAUGCAUGCAUGCAAUUAGUACGAGUGCAAUACUUUUGCACAGGAUAACCUGCGUCCGCUGCCAACUCGUUUUUUGCCUGGACCACAGAAGGGAAGAAGACCACAACUGCAAGGGCACCGCCGGCGUUUCCCGACAGGUGAUCAUUUGCCCGAUCUGCAACCUGACAAUUCAGAAAGCCCCGGGCGAAGACGAAAACGUCACUUGGCUGCGCCACGCCAACACGCCCGGGCUGUGUCGACCUGCAGCUGGUGGUGACAACAAGAACUCAUCGCGGCGAAACAGCGGCGGCUCGCAGUCUCCGGAUGGUGGUGGAACAAAUAGCAACAAUAAGUGUGUAGUUUGCAGAAAAAAACUCGACGCGGUAAAUCGGUUCAUCUGUCCAACUUGCGGCGCCGCGGUCUGCACGGCACAUAGAUUUGAGGACGAUCACGAUUGCAAGCAGAGGCAGAAGGACAAAGCCGAGCAGCUUCGGAGCGCGCGAGUUGGGUUUUUCAAGAAGCACGCGGGUGCUGGGAGUGGGCGACGAGCGAGAGCUUCGUCGGAUGGAGGAGCGCCCACUACUAGUACGUCCCGCCCGGCACCGAGCGUGCCGAUACAGCAAGCGACAACAGGAUCAUCGUUGUUCUCGUCCUCCGGGGCGGGAUCAUACGCUUCUUUCGACAGCUUCGCUCCGCCACAAAGAACCGCGGCUGGCGGUAGCACAGGUAGUAGUACAACAACAGCAGGAGCUGCGCAGUUUGAUGCGGUCGGCGGUAGGAUGGUUUUCGAAAACACAACGACAGCAGCCCCGAACCACCAGCAGUCGCAGAAUAUUAGCGCAGCACAUGGUUAUUUACCACCUGCUCAAGAGAUGAUCACGAAAGAGCGGUCCUAUCGCGCCAAUGGGAACCCUUUGUCUAGUGUGAUGAGGAGAAAUAAGUCGAAGGAGAAGCAAGUCCCCAGUAAUGAGCCGAUCAACUGUCCGCAAUGCACCCUCACGAACCCGCCCGGAACGGAAAUUUGUAUAUCCACAGAAAAAAACCCAUCCACAUCCAGUUUUUGCAUGACAAACACAUGACUUGAUACGUGCUUUGCAUGACAAAUUGGAUGUGGAUGGGUUUUUUUCUGUGGAUAUUGUAUUGCCUGUGGCUACGACUUGACCAAGCAAAGAGGAGGGAAUUGUGUGUGUAUGUGAUGAGAAGACUUCUUGUUGAACAUGAAGUCAAAAUCUAUUCCGCCAGCACCAGUCGUGCCAAGAAUGCUCAAAAAUUGCCUUGAUGUUGAACUGAAAUUUAUUGUAUUUUACUGUUUGUGCGAGUUUGUUGUAAGUGCUCGUGGCAACUUUCGAAAACGAAAUAUCAUUUCUUGGAAGUAGGAGCUAUUGACGGCGCCCACACAUAAUGACAAUUCAAAAUUUGUUUUGACGUGCUGUCGAGUAAUUUUCUGUCUUAGAUGGAAAAAUGUUGCAGGGAACAGGCGGAGCAGCUGUCUUUACUGCAACUCCAGACGC